CCUAAAAAGCUGCAACUACGUUAGACAAGUGGAUGUUUCUUCUAUUUCUUUUACAGCUUGUUAGGAUGGUUGGGUUAUCUAUUGGGUUAAAAUGGAAUGUUUGUUUUAGUUGUUAGUUAAAUAUUUUAUUGUAUAUUAUAUUGUUAAAUUUAUUAUUUCCUGUUUCAUUUUUAUGCGAAAAUCUUUAACUUGAUACACUAUUUAAGAAAAAUAGAAAGUUUUUUGAAAUUUAUGAGCUAAAACAAAGGAGAAAGGGCGUAAAUAACACAAAAAUAAUCAUUGAGUUUUAGUUUUAUUUUUUCGUCAUUUGUUGACAACUUUAUACAAUAUUGAUACAAGUUUGAUACAUAUCCGUAGUUAUGUAUACAAUUUAUCUAUAUAUAUUAUACAAUAAUGAUACAAAUUUUGUAUACAUUAUAUUAAAAAUGUAUCUCUCAUAUAACAAUGAUACAUCAUAAAACUUUGGGCCGGGUCGGAGUUUCGUGGCCCAGUUGCCAGAUUAGUCCAAAAGCAACUCGAAAUUGGACUAUACGUAUGCUUCUGGUUAUGCUUUCUACUACACAAAUUUCCCCAAAUCCAAAACCCUAAAAAUAAUUCUCUUUCGCCCCAUUUUCGCCAUGGCAAAUUGGUCCCAACUUCCCUACGAUUUACUCGCCACCAUAGCAAAACGUGUUACAUUUCUCGAAGAUUUCAUUAUAUUUGUUGCAGUUUGUAAGUCCUGGCAUAGUACUGCUACCAAAGAAAAUUUUUGUGGACCAUCAUCACAAGUUCCUUUACUCAUGCUUGCUACUGACAAUGACAAUGACUAUCGAGAAUUUUACUCUAUUUCAAAGAAGAAAAUAUCUCGUUUUUUUCUCCCAGAAUUGAAAGGACUAAAGUGUUUCACAACGCAAGGAUGGAUUUGCAUGGUGGAGUGUAAAGGAAUUGGAGAGAUGACGUUGUUGCACCUGUU